CUCAGCCGCCCGGAGCGAGAAGCCAACAUGGAGCCUGAAGAUCUGCCGUGGCCUGGCGAGCUGGAGGAGGAGGAGGAGGCGGAGGUGGCGGCAGCGACCGCGGCGCAGACGGAUAGGGCCCCGAACUCCGAAGAGACCGUGAUGGGGAAGGUGGAGGAGGUGAAAGAGGUGGAAGAGGUGGAGGAGGAGGCGGGGCCGGGGCCGGAGCGGGAGCCCGAGCGGGAGCCCGAGUUGGACUCCGGCUUAAACUACCAGUACCAGCCACUGGAAAGUACGGACGACGAAGAAGAUGAGGAGGCCAAGGCUUGGCUGCUGGCACGCCCCGGCGUGACUUUUCCCCCAUUGCCACCGCCGAGGCCGCGCUACUCACAGAGCGAGAGUACCUCUUCUGAGGUUGUUCCAUUGACUGAUAAUGUUUGGCAACAGUCAUCUUAUGAAGGUGAUAUUAGAAAACAUAUUUCUGAUAGUAAUGUAGCCUCGUCAGAAACAACAGUUCAGUGGGAUUCUGGGGAUGAUCAGAGAACAGAAUCUUGGAAUUAUUUUCCUCAAGAAAUGGACUCUUCUCAAAGCUUGGAUAUAUCACAGACCAGAAUUAACAUUGGAGCGGAAGGGUCUGAAGUGAUAGAGUUCCCGUCUUUGGAGGAAGGUAUAUUGACCCAGUCAGAAGAACAUGUAAAGGAACGAAACAGAAAUCUCUUAUGUUCUCCAUUGCUAGUCAUACAGGAUAACUUUGCUUCUCCUGAUUUGCCUUUGCUGACGUGUUUGACACAAGACCAGGAACUUGGGUCUGAUUCCUUAUUUCACCAAAGUCAACUAGAUUUUGCACCUCUGAGAGGAAUCCCUGAUAAGACUGAAGACAUUGAAUGGUUUUCUCGGCCAUCGGAAGUUAGUGAAGCUUUGUACCAGGCUACCUCAGAAGUAUCUUCAGACUUAGUUAACAGUUGCUUUAGUGUAUCUCAGCACGUACUUACAGGUAGCACAGCCAUUGGGUCUCAGCGCUCUUUUUUAUCUCCUGAACAAGAGAAUAAUAAAGAGAAUACUUCAUCCAACACUGUUGAUGAACUGAAAAUCCCCAAAGAUUCUGAUAAUUAUGAUGCUCUUUGUUCAUAUAUGUCAUGGAAGACACAAAAAGACAUACAGCAGCCAGGAAACAAUUUUGCUGAUAAAGAUCAAGUUUCAGUUUCAACUUUAUCUGAUAUUAGUGAUGAAAAUAUAGCUCCUAAAAGAAGUGACAGUUUUAAUGCUUCUGGUUUACAUGUGCAUUGGGAACAGGAGCCUUUACAGCAGACAGAACCAGGUCUAACCAAUAAGGACCAUGUUUCUUUUCCACAUGAAGUUGCUUAUGAUAAUAAAAUGUCAUAUUCUUUCUUGCGAGUUUUGUUGGAAAGAAGAGGAAAAGCAAUUCCCUUGACAUCUGAUAGUCAUAAUUUUGAGAGUGUGUUUUUAAGUUCUUCUGCUGAGAAUGAGGUGAAACAAAAGGUGAAUUCUUUGGAGGGAUAUGAAAGAACUGAAGGAGGUCUACAGAAAGAAUUAUCUCAAUGUUUUAAACAAAAGGAGUCUACAAAUAAUUUGCUAUCUUCAGAGGUGCAUCCCAAAUCUUUAGAUGUAAAGUAUGUUGGGAAUGUUGUAGUUCCUGAUAAUUCUGUAAAAGUUUCAGAAGCACAUAUACUCUCUGGAGGACAUGAUAUCUCUAAGAUGGAGGCUUCUGGUGGUCCCCUUCAGACACCUGCAUCCAACUUGGAUGAGACAUCAGUACAACUGUAUUUUCAAGAGGAAAGAAACCAAAAGGAAACAUCUGCUUUUGAGGAACUGCAGGAGAAGGCUGACUCUGAUGACAUUACUAUGGAUAAUGAUACUGAAUGCUGUAGCCUAGAUGAAAAUGAUGUUGUAUGCAGUGAAAGUGUUGCUGACCUACAAAGAGAGACAUGUGAUCAACAUGAUUUGACUGGUGAGUAUGGUGAGCUGGAAGUUUUAGAGAAUUUGCUUGAUGAUCUUUGUGAUAGCUCUCUGCCCUGGCAACAUACUUCACAACUACUAUCUGAGGAGGAAAGCAAUUUUGAAAAGCCUGUAGUUCAUUCUAAUGUGAGCAUUUGUGAGUCUUUUUCAUCUGUUUUGCCUCCAUUUGUUCCUCAUGAGCCAAUCAGAGAGUCAGAUUACCAUGCUUCAAAUCUCAGAAUGUUGAGGGUGUCUCUUGAUAAUGUGCCAAAGACUCCCCAACAUUUAGCAGGAGACUCUUCUGAAGGAAGCAUACCUGAAAUAACUCAAUCCAAGUUGAAAUUGGGUAUCACUACCACUACUGAAGAUUCAGACAUUGAAUCUCAUUUAUCCUUAUACCCUGAGGACUUACCUCAGUUGGCUAUAAGUUCUUUACAAGGGAAUACUAUUGGUCUACACACUGAUGCUCCUAACCAAAUGGCAUUGACCCAUAGUCAUCUAACUGAAGAGAGUCUAAAAGUCUCAGAUAAUUCUGAACCAGCUGACCAGAAGUAUGGGAUGCCAAUAGAACCACCUCCUUCCUACCCUUAUAGGGAGAAGCCCAGUAUUUUAUACCAACAGGGCUUGCCAGAUAGUUAUCUAACUGAGGAGGCACUGAACGUUUCAGGUAUUCCUGGAUCAGAUGACCAGAACACAGGCAUACCAACUGUACCAUCCAUUUCUCACUCACCUAGAGAAAAGACUGGUAUUUUCUACCAUCAGGCUAUGCCAGGUGGACAGAUACCUGCAGAGGCUCUGAAAGUUCCAGCUGCUCCUGGACCAGCUGACCAGAAGACUGGCUUACUACCUGCAACUUCUCCUUCCUACUUACCAAGAGAUAAGGCUGGUAUUUUCUACCAACAGGCCUUGAUGGGUGGUCAGGUACCUUCAGAAGCUCUGAAAAUUUCAGCUGCUCCUGGACCAGCUGGCCAGAUGACUGGUAUACCACCUGUUACCUCUGUUCCCUACCCUCAAAGAGAACAGCCUGGUGUUCUCUACCAGCAGGUCUUAUCAGGAGGUCAGAUACCUGCAGAGGGUUUGAAAGAUUCAGUUGCUCUGGGACCAGCUGUCCAGAAGACUGGCAUAACACCUGCAACCUCUAUUCCCUACUCACAAAGAGAUGAGCCUGGUGUUUACUACCGAGAGGCCCUACCAGGUGGUCAGAUAACUGCAGAGGCCCUGAAAAUUUCUUCUGCCCCUGGACCAGCUGGCCAGAAGACAGGCAUAUCACCUGUAACCUCUCCUUCCUAUUCACCAAGAUAUCAGCCUGAUGUUUUCUACCAACAGACUCUGUCAGGUGGUCAGAUACCUGCAGAGGCCUUGAAAGUUUCAGCUGCUUCUGGACCAGCUGGCCAGAAGACUGUCAUAACACCUGUACCCUCUCUUCCCUAUUCACAAAGAGACCAGCCUGGUGUUUUCUACCGACAGGCCUUGCCAGGUGAUCAGAUAUCUGCAGAGACCCUGAAACUUUCAUCUGCUUCUGGACCAGCUGGACAGAAGACUGGCAUACCACCUGCAACCUCUGUUCCCUACUCACAAAGAGACCAUCCUGGUGUUUUAUACCGACAGGCCUUGCAGGGUGAUCAGAUACCUGCAGAGGCUCUGAAACUUUCAUCUGCUCCUGGACCAGCUGGACAGAAGACUGGCAUACCACCUGCAACUUCUCCUUCCUAUUCACCAAGAGAUAGGACUGAUGUUUUCUACCAACAGACUGUGUCAGGUGGUCAGAUACCUUCAGAGGCCCUGAAACUUUCAGCUGCUUCUGGACCAGCUGGCCAGAAGACUGGCAUACCACCUGCAACCUCUGUUCCCUACUCAAAAAGAGACCAGCCUGGUUUUUUCUACCAACAGGCCUUGCCAGGUGGUCAGAUAGCUUCAGAAGCCCUGAAAAUUUCAUCUGCUCCUGGGCCAAUUGGCCAAAAGACUGGCAUACUGCCUGCAACCUCUCCUUCUUAUUCACCAAGAGACAAGCCUGAUAUUUUCUACCAACAGUCUGUGCCAGGUGGUCAUAUAACUUCAGAGGCCCUGAAACUUUCAGCUGCUCCUGGACCAGCUGACCAGAAGAAGACACGCAUAACACUUGCACCCUCUGUUCCCUAUCCACAAAGAGACCAGCCUGGUGUUUCAUACCGACAGGCCUUGCCGGGUGGUCAGAUACCUGCAGAGGCCCUGAAAGUUUCAGCUGCUCCUGGACCAACUGACCAGAAGACUGGCAUACCACCUGUUACCUCUGUUCCUUACUCACAAAGAGACCAGCCUGGUGUUUUCUACCAACAAGCCUUGCCAGGUAGUCAGAUACCUGCAGAGGCCCUGAAACUUUCAGCUGCUCCUGGACCAGCUGACCAGAAGACUGGCAUACCACCUGCAACCUCUGUUCCCUACUCACAAAGAGACCAGCCUGGUGUUUUCUACCAACAAGCCUUGCCAGGUAGUCAGAUACCUGCAGAGGCCCUGAAACUUUCAGCUGCUUCUGGACCAUCUGGCCAGAAGUCUGGCAUAACAUCCGAACCCUCUCUUUCCUACUCACAAAGAGACCAGCCUGUUAUUUUAUACCGACAGGCUUUGCCAGGUGAUCAGAUACCUGCACAGGCCCUGAAACUUUCAGCUGCUUCUGGACCAGCUGGCCAGAAGACUGGCAUAACAUCUGCACCCUCUCUUUCCUACUCACAAGGAGACCAGCCUGAUGUUUUCUAUAAACAAGCCUUGCCGAGUGAUCAGAUAACUACAGAGGCCCUGAAACUAUCAGCUGCUUCUGGACCAGCUGGACAGAAGACUGACAUAGCAUCUGCAACCUCUGUUCCCUACUCGCAAAGAGACCAGCCUGGUGUUUUAUACCAACAGACCUUGCUGAGUGAACAGAUACCUGCAGAGGCCCUGAAACUUUCAGCUGCUUCUGGACUAGCUGGCCAGAAGACUGGCAUACCACCUACAACCUCUGUUCCCUACUCACAAAGAGACCAGGCUGGUGUUUUAUAUCGACAAACCUUGCCGGGUGAUCAGAUACCUGCAGAGGCCUUGAAACUUUCAGCUGCUUCUGGACCAGCUGGCCAUAAGACUAGCAUACUACCUGCACCCUCUCUUCCCUACUCACAAAGAGACCAGCCUGGUGUUUUCUAUCAACAAUCCUUGCUGGAUGAUCAGAUACCUGCAGAGGCCCUGAAAGUUUCAGCUGCUUCUGGACCAGCUGGUCAGAAGACUGGCAUAACAUCUGGACCUUCUGUUCCGUACUCACAAAGAGACCAGCCAGGUGUUUUAUAUAGACAGGCCUUGCCAGGUAAUCAGAUACCUUCAGAGGACUUGAAACUUUCAGCUGCUUCUGGAACAGCUGGCCAGAAGACUAACAUACUAUCUGCAAGCUCUUUUCCCUACUCACAGAGAGACCAGCCUAGUGUUUUCUACCAACAAGCCUUGCCGGGUGGUCAGAUACCUGCAGAGACACUGAAACUUUCAGCUGCUUCUGGACCAGCAGGCCAGAAGACUGGCAUACCACCUGCAACCUCUGUUCCCUACUCACAAAUAGACCAGCCUGGUGUUUUAUACCGACAGGCUUUGCCGGGUGAUCAGAUACCUUCAGAGGCCCUGAAACUUUCAUCUGCUUCUCGACUAGCUGACCAGAAGACUGGCAUAACAUCUGCGCCCUCUGUUCCCUACUCACAAAGAGACCAGCCUGGUGUUUUAUACCGAAAUGCUUUGUCAGGUGAUCAGAUUCCUGCAGAGGCCCUGAAACUUUCAGCUGCUCCUGGACUAGCUGACCAGAAGACUGGCAUAAUACCUGGACCCUCUGUUCCCUACUCACAAAGAGAUUAUCCUGGUGUUUUAUACCCACAGGCCUUGCCCGGUGAUCAGAUACCUGCAGAAGCCCUGAAACUUUCCGCUGCUCCUGGACCAGCUGGCCAGAAGACUAGCAUACCACCUGCACCCUCUGUUCCCUACUCACAAAGAGACCAGCCUGGUGUUUUAUACCGACAGGCUUUGCUGGGUGAUCAGAUAUCUGCAGAGGCUCUGAAACUUUCAUCUGCUUCUGGACCAGCUGACCAGAAGACUGGCAUAACAUCUGUGCCCUCUGUUCCCUACUCACAAAGAGACCAGCCUAGUGUUUUAUACCGACAGGCCUUGCCGAGUGGUCAGAUAACUACAGAGGCCCUGAAAGUUCCAGCUGUUCCUGGACCAGCUGGACAGAAAACUGGCAUACCACCUACAACCUCUCUUCCCUAUUCACAAAUAGACCAACCUGGUGUUUUCUACCAACAAGCCUUGCUGGAUGAUCAGAUACCUGCAGAAGACCUGAAAGUUUCAACUACUUCUGGACCAGCUGACCAGAAAAAGACUGGCAUAACACCUGCACCCUCUGUUCCCUACUCAAAAAGAGACCAGCCUGGUGUUUUCUACCGACAGGCCUUGCCAGGUGAUCAGAUACCUGUAGAGGCCCUGAAACUUUCAGCUGCUUCUGGACCAGCUGACAAGAAGACUGGCAUAAUAUCAGUGCCCUCUGUUCCCUACUCACAAAGAGACCAGCCUGGUGUUUUCUACCAACAAGGAUUGCUGGGUGAUCAGAUACCUGCAGAGGCCCUGAAACUUUCAGCUGCUCUUGGUCCAGCUGACCAGAAGACUGGCAUACCACCUGCACCCUCUCUUUCCUACUCACAAAGAGACCAGCCUGGUGUUUUAUACCGACAGGCUUUGCCGGGUGAUCAGAUACCUGCAGAGGACCUAAAAGUUUCAGCUGCUUCUGGACCAGCUGACCAUAAAAAGACUGGCAUAACACCUGGACCCUCUGUUCCCUACUCACAAAGAGACCAGCCUGGUGUUUUAUACCGACAGGGCUUGCCGGGUGAUCAGAUACCUGUAGAGGCCCUGAAACAUUCAUCUGCUCCUGGACCAGCUGGGCAGAAGACUGGCAUACUACCUGCAACCUCUCCUUCCUAUUCACCAGGAGACAAGCCUGAUGUUUUCUACCAACAGACUCUGUCAGGUGGUCAGAAACCUGCAGAGGCCCUGACAGUUUCAUCUGCUUCUGGACCAGCUGACCAGAAGACUGGCAUACCACCUGCAACCUCUGUUCCCUACUCUCAAAGAGACCAGCCUGGUGUUUUCUACCAACAGGUCUUGCCAGGAGGUCAGAUACUUGUAGAGGCCUUGAAAGUUUCAGCUACUUCUGGACCUGCUGAACAGAAGACUGGCAUAACUGCAACCUCUGUUCCCUACUCACAAAGAGACCAGCCUGGUGUUUUCUACCGACAGGCCUUGCCAGGUGGUCAGAUACUUGCAGAUGCUCUGAAAGUUUCAUCUGCUCCUGGACCAGCUGGCCAGAAGACUGGCAUACCACCUGUUACCUCUGUUCCUUACUCACAAAGAGACCAGCCUGGUGUUUUUUACCAACAGGCCUUGACAGGUGGUCAGAUACCUGCAAAGGAUUUGAAAGAUUCAGUUGCUCUGGGACCAGCUGGCCAGAAGACUGGCAUACCACCUGCAACCUCUCCUUCCUAUUCACCAAAAGAAAAGCCUAAUAUUUUCUACCAGCAGGCCUUGCCAGGUGGUCAAAUACCGGCAGAGGUUCAGAAAUUUUCAGCUAUUCCUGGAACAGAUGACCUGAAGACUGGGUUGCCAAGUGUAUUGUCACCCUCUGACUUACAAAGAGAGAAGCCUGGUGUUUUCUACCAACAUGCCUUGGCAGAUGAUCAGAUAACUGCAGAUGCCCUAAGAGUCUCAGCUACCCCUGUACCAGGUGAUCAGAAGACUAGCAUACCACUUGCACCCUCUGCUACCUACUCAGAAAGAGACAAGCCUGGUGUUUUCUCCCAGCAAGCCUUGCCAAGUGGUCACAUAGUUGCAGAGGCUCUGAAAGUUUCAGCUGCUCUUGGAUCAGCUGGCCAGAAGAUUGGCAUACCACCUGCAACCUCUCCUUCCUAUUCACCAAGAGAUAAGCCUGAUGUUUUCCACCAAAAGGCCUUGCCAGUUGGUCAGAAUCCUACAGAGGCUCUGGAAGUUUCAGUUGCUCCUGGACUAGCUGACCAGAAGACUGACGUAUCACCUGCAACCUCUCCUUCCUAUUCACCAAGAGAUAAGCCUGAUAUUUUCUACCAGCAGACUUUGCCAGGAGGUCAGAUACCUGCAGAGGCCUUGAAAAUUUCAUCUGUCCCUGGACCAGCUGGCCACAAGACUGGUAUACCACCUGCAGCCUCUGAUCCAUACUCACAAAGAGACCAGCCUGGUGUUUUCUACCAGCAGACUUUGCCAGGAGGUCAGAUACCUGCAGAGGCUCCGAAAGUUUCAGCUGCUCCUGGACCAGCUGGCCAGAAGACUGGAAUACCACCUGUUACCUCUGAUCCAUACUCACAAAGAGACCAGCCUGGUGUUUUCUACCAACAUGCCUUGCCAGGUGGGCAGACACCUGCAGAGAUUCAGAAAAUUUCAGCUAUUCCUGGAAAAGAUGAGCAGAAGACAGGGUUACCAGCUUUAACUGUAACAUUACCCUCUGACUUACAAAGAGAGAAGCCUGAUGUUUCCUACCAAAAGGCCUUGCCGGGUGUUCAGAUACCUGCAGAGGCCCUGAAACUUUCAGCUGCACCUGGACCAACUGAGCAGAAGAUUGGCAUAACACCUGCAACCUCUGUUCCCUACUCAGAAAAAGACCAGCCUGGUGUUUUCUCCAAGCAGGCCUUACCAGGUGGUCAGACAGCUGCAGAGGCUCUGAAAGUUUUAACUGCUUCUGGACCAGCUGGCCAGAAGACUGGCAUACCACCUGUAACCUCUCCUUCCUACUCACCAAGAGAUGAGCCUGAAAUUUUCUACCAAAAGGCCUUGCCGGAUGGUCAUAUACCUAUAGAGGCUCUGAAAGUUUCAGCUGCUCCUGGACCAGCUGACCAGAAGACUGGAAUAUCACCUGCAACCUCUGUUACCUACUCACAAAGAGACCAGCCUGGUGUUUUCUCCCAGCAGGACUUGCCAGGUGGUCACAUAGCUGCAGAGGCUUUGAAAGUUUCAUCUGCUUCUGGACCAACUGGCCAGAAGACUGGCAUACCACCUGCAACCUCUCCUUCCUAUUCACCAAGAGAUAAGCCUGAUGUUUUCCACCAAAAGGCCUUGAUAGGUGGUCAGAUACCUGCAGAAGCUUUGAAAGUUUCAUCUGCUCCUGGACCAGCUGGCCAGAAGACUGGCAUACCACCUGCAACCUCUGUUCCUUAUUCACAAAGUGACCGGCCUGGUGUUUUCUACCAACAAGGUUUGCCAGGUGGUCAGAUACCUAUAGAGACUCAGAAAGUUUCAGCUGUUCCUGGAGCAGCUGGCCAGAAGACUGGCAUAACACCUGCAACCUCUCCUUCCUACUCACCAAGGGAUCAGCCUGAUGUUUUCUUCCAACAGGCCUUGCCAAGAGGUCAGAUACCUAUAGAGGGUCUUAAAGCUUCAGCUGUUCUGGGACCAGCUGGCCAGAAGACUGGCAUACCACCUGUAUCCUCUGUUUCCUUCUCACCAAAAGAUAAGCCUGGUGUUGUCUACCAACAAUCCUUGCCAGGUGGUCAAGAGGCUCUGAGAGUUUCAUCUGUUCCUGGACCAGAUAACCAGAAGACCAGGAUACCAACUCUAACCUCUACUUCCUAUUCACCAAGAAAUAAGCCUGGUGUUUUCUACCAACAGGUUUUGCCAGGUAGUCAUAUACCUGCAGAAACUCUGAAUGUUUCUCUUGCUCCUGGAGCAGAUGACCAGAAGAUUAGUAUACCUACUAUAACUUCUCCUUCCUACUCGUAUAGAGGGGAACCUGCUAUUAUUCUCUACCAACAAGAGUUGCCAGAGAGUCAUUUAGCUGAAGAGUUUCUUUCAUCUGCUCUUGGACCAGCUGACAAGAAGACUGGGAUGACCACAGUAUCCUCUGCUUCCUACCCACAUGGAGAUAAAUCUUAUGCUUUCUAUCGUCAGGCCUUGCCAGAAAGUCAUGUAACUGAUCAAGCUCUGAAAGUGUCAACUUUUCCUAGGUCUGCUGACCAAAAGGUUGAAACAGCAGUAGUCCGCUCUACUUCCUACUCACAUGGAGUGAAGCCUGGUACUUUUUACCGGCAAGAGUUACCAGAUGGUCACGUAACUGAAGAGACUGUGAAAGUUUCAGCUAUUCCGGGACUAGCUGACCAGAAGACUAUGACAACAAAAGUAUACUCUAGUUCUUACUCUCAGAGAGAGAAGCCUGGUGUUAUUUACCAGCAGGCCUUGUCGGAUAGUUAUCCAACUAAAGAGCCUCUGAAAAUUUCAGCUAUUCCUGGGUCAGCUGACCAGAUGACUGGGAUACCAAUACUAACCUCUACUUCCUACUCACAGAGAGAGACAUCUAAUAUUUUCUAUCGCCAGAUGUUAUCAAAUAACCAUCUAAAUGAAGAGGCUCAGAAAGUUUCAUUUGUUCCUGGACUAGAUGAUCAUAAGACUGGGAUACCAAUAGGACCAACUACUUUCUACUUGCAUAGAGAAAAACCUAUUAUUUUCUACCAAGAGACCCUGCAAGAUAGUCAUCUACCUGAAGAGGCUCUCAAAGUUUCAACUACUCCUGGAACAGACCAGAAGACUGGCAUACCAACCGUAAUCCCUCCUUCCUACUCACAAAGAGAUAAGCUUGGCAUUUUCUACCAACAGUCCUUGCCAAGCAGUCAUAUACCUGAAGAAUCUCUGACUGCUCCUGGACCAGCUGACCAGAAUAUGGUGACACCAACAUUAUCUUCAAGUUCCUAUUCACUUGAGGAGAAGCCUGUUAUUUUCUACCAAAGGGCCUUGACAGAUAGUUAUCUACCUAAAGAGGCUUUGAAAGUUUUAUCCUCUCCUGAACCAGCUGACUUGCAGGCUGGGAAUCUGAGUGUAUCCUCCACUUCCCCCUACUCGUUUGGAGAGGAGCCCAUUGUUCUGUACCACCAAGUCCUGCCAGAUAGUCAGCGAAGUGAAGAAAGUCUGAAACUUUCAGUUAUUUCUGAACCAGUAGAUACCACAAUUCCUACUGAAAUCUCUCCUUCCUACUCACCUAUAGAUCAGGCUGUUAUUUCCUACCAACAAGAGUUAGCACGUCGUACUGAAGAUGAUUUGAACAUUUUAGGUGUUCCUGGACUUUCUGAUCAGAAUACUAGGAUACACAUCGUGCCCUUUACCCGCUAUUUACAUGGAGAAAAGCCCAUUAUUUCUUACCAGCAGGAGUUGACAGAUAUUCCUGAAGAUACUUUGGAAGUUUUAGAGGAUCCUGAACCAGCUGACUAUAAGACUGGAAUACACACAAUAACCUCUACUCCCUAUUCACAGGGAGAACAGUCCAUCAUUUCUUUACAGCAGGAAUUGCCAGAUCUUACUCAGGUCACUUUGAAAACAGUAAAGGUUCCUGGACUUGCUGACCAGAAGACUGGAAUACAAACAGUAUCCUCUAGUUCCUAUUCCAGUAGUUUUCAUAAGCAGGAGUUGCCAAAUAUUUCCAAAGAAGCUUUAGACGUUCUUGUUCUUCCUGAACCAGAUGACCAGAAGACUGGAAUAUCAACAAUGCCUUUAAGUUACUACUCACAUAGAGAGAAGCCCAGUGUCUUCUCUCCACAGGAGUUGCCAGAGAGCCAUCUCACUGAAGAGGCUUCGAAAGUUUCAUCUGUUUCUGUUCCAGUAGAGCAGAGGGCUGGAACACCCUCUAGUUCCUACUUCCAUAGAGAGAAGCCUAGUGAUUUUUCUCAACAGUCCUUUCCUGAUAGUGAUCUAACUGAAGAAUCUCUGAAGGCUUCAACUGUUUCUGGAUUAGGUGACCAGAAGAAUAGGAUACCUGCAGUACCAUCGAGUUCCUACUCACAUCAAGAGAAACUCAAGGUUUCAACUGUGAAUCUACCGGACAACCAGAAGACAGAGUUACCAACAGUUACCCAUAGUUUCCAUUUAAAGAGAGAGAAGCCCAGGAUUUCAACUGUGAUUGGACCAGAUGACCAGGAGACUCCAUUACUGACAGUUUUUCAUAGUUCCUGUUCUGAAAGAGUAAAACCUCAUGUUUUUUUCCAACAGCAGUUGCCAGAUAGAGAUCAAAGUGAAGAUAUUCUAAAGAUUUCAACUGUCCCCGAGCCAACUGAUGUAAAUACUGGGGCACCAAUAACUCUCUGUGGUUCUUAUUUACAGAAAGAAAAAUCUAAUAAUUUGUAUCUACGGAAAUUGUCAGACAGAUAUCAAACUGAAGAUGCACUAAAGGUUUCGACUGUUCCUGAACCAGCUGACCAGAAAGCAGAAUUACCAACAGCUCCUCCUAGUUCCUUUUCAUACAGAGGAAAAUUGAAUAUUUUCUAUCAAAAGGAUUUGCCAUGUAGACAUCUAACUGAAGAUGAUCUGAAGGUCUCGAGUGGUCUUGGGCAAUCUAAUCAAAUUACUGGGUUAUCAAUAAUUUCCCCUGGUACUUAUUCACCUGAUGAAAAGGACAAACUUGUUUCAGAACAUGUCCAAAGACUAAUAGAUAAUUUGGAUUCUUCUGAUUCAAGUGCUUUCUCAAAACAUAUGCCAUUAAAUUCUCAAGCUGAUGAUGGACUUGUAAUAAUUAAGCCUGAAUCUAUAGGUUUUGAAGAUAAUGGUUCAGAGGAAAUCCAGGAUACAUAUAAUAGUUCCAAAACUCUUAAAGAAAUUCGGACACUUUUAAUGGAGGCAGAAAAUAUAGCACUGAAACGAUGCAAUUUUCCUGCUCCCCUUGUCCCUUUCAGAGAUGUUAGUGAUAUUUCAUUUAUACGAUCUAAGAAGGUGGUUUGCUUCAAAGAACCCCCCACAACUGAUGUAUCUGAUGGUGAUUUCCUUCAUAGACAACCAUAUAUAGAGGAGGAAAGCCCAAGCAAUAGAAGCAUACAGAAAGAUAUUGGCACACAAACGAAUUUGAAAUGCCAGAGAGGCAUUGAAAAUUGGGAGUUUAUUAGAUCAACUACAAUUAGAAGUCCUCUACAGGAAGCAGAAAGCAAAGCCAGAAUGGCAUUAGGUGAAACUCUUAGGCAAUAUGAAGCAGCCAAAUCUGCAAUGAGGUCUGAACCUGAACGCUAUAGUAGAACCAUUGGGAACAAAAUUAUUAUCCCUAUGAUGACUAUCAUAAAAAGUGAUUCAAGUAGUGAUAUAAGUGAUGGACAUGGUUCCUGCUCAUGGGAGAGUAAUUUACCAGAGUCUUUGGAAUCAGUUUCUGAUGUUCUUCUCAACUUUUUUCCAUACACUUCACCGAAUCCAAGCAUAAUAGAUAGCAGAGAUGAACAGGGUAUGUCAGAGAGUGACGAUGGUGGUAGUGUAGAUUCACUGGCUGCACGUGUGAAAAAUCUUCUGCAUUGUGAAUCCUCAUUAAAUCAUGCUAAACAAAUACUUAGAAAUGCAGAGGAAGAGGAAUGUCGGGUACGAGCACGAGCCUGGAAUCUGAAGUUUAACUUAGCACGUGAGUGUGGAUAUUCAAUUUCAGAAUUAAAUGAAGAUGACAGGAGGAAAGUAGAAGAAAUCAAGGCAGAAUUGUUUGGUCAUGGAAGAACAACUCAUGUAUCUGAGGGAUCACAGAGUCCACGGGGAAUAGGAUGCACACCUGAAGCUGUAUGUAGUCACAUUAUUAUUGAGAGCCAUGAAAAAGGAUGUUUCAGGACUCUUACUGCUGAACAACCACAACUGGAAGACCAUCCUUGUGUUUUUACAUCUGCUGAAUCCUCAGAAAUGAUCAGAGGACGACAGAGCCCAUCAUCGUGGAGAACCAGGCACAUCAAUUUUUCCAAAUCCCUAGACCAGAACAACCCCCAUUUGAAAGUUUGGAAUUCCUUGCAGUUACAAAGUCAUUCCCCACUUAUAUCUGAUGACUUCAAAAUUAGCAAGGGCCUUCGAAUGCCAUUCCGUGAGAAUAUGGACCCUUGGCUGUCAGAAUUAGUAGAAGUAGAACCUGCUUGUGUGCCACCUAAAGAAGUGGAAUUUCCUUCUUCAUCACUAAUACCGCCCCCAGAACCCAUGAAACAGUUUACUACCUCCAUCACUUUUUCAUCUCACCGACAUUCUCAAUGCAUUUCAGAUUCCUCUGUUUUUAAGGUUGGUGUUACUGAAGGUAGCCAGUAUACUGGAGCAUCUAUGGGGGUAUUUAAUUCUCAUAUCACUGAAGAGCAAAAUUCUAGAGAUUUUAAACAGAAAACCUCUUCCCCUUCAUCAUAUAAAAUGCUUAGUCAUUCACCACAUAAAGCUGUGACCUUUUUAGCAGAAAAAGGUAGGCAAAACGAAAAAUUAUUUGUUGAUUUUGAGCCUUCUCAUCGAGAGGAAGCACUCUUAGAAAGAUCAGAUUUUAAUGUCAGUCAUUCUGAGCCCAGUACCAGUGCAAAUUAUACAUUCAAGGAAAUUCAGUUUUCUGAUAACCAUACCCACAUUAGUAUGGGCAGACCAAGUUCCACACUGGGAAUAAAAGAGAAGAAUGUAACCAAAACUGCAGAUCUUCCUUCGCACAUUUUUCUUGAACAACGAGAACUCUUUGAAAAAAGCAAAGCCCCACAUGCAGAUCACCAUAUGAAAAAACACCAUUCUUGCCUUUGUCCAGACAUUCCUUCUUGCAUUUUUCUUGAACAGCAAGAACUCUUUAAACAAAGCAAUGCCCCACGUGUAGAUCAUGAGAUGAGAGAAAGCCAUUCUCUCUUUUCUCAGGGUCAGGAUUAUAUAGCUUCAGACCUUCCUUCUCCCGUUUGUCUUGAACAACAUCAAAGCAGACCCCUAGGUGUAGAUGACCACAUGAGAAAGCACCAUUUCCCCUUUUCUCAAGGUCAGGAUUGUGUAGUAGAAAAAAAUCAACAUACACCUAAAUCACACAUUACUAGUAUGAUAAAUGUUGAAGUCAAUUCAGUCUCCCAAUCUGCCCCCGAUCACUAUACCUUAGAAACAUCUGCAUCUACUCCACCUUCAAAUAGAAAAGCACUUUCAUGUGUUCGUAUAACUCUGUGCCCCAAGACUCCUUCCAAGUUGGAUAGUGGAACCUUAGAUAAAAGAUUUCAUUCUUUGGAUUCUGCUUCUAAAACAAGGAUGAAUAGUGAGUUUAACUCUGACCUACAAACUAUAUCUUCAAGAUCAUUGGAAUCAACCUCCAAGUUAUUGGCUAGUAAACCUAUAGCACAAAAUCAAGAAUCUUUAGGUUUUCUAGGACCUAAAUCACCACUGGACUUCCAAGUUGUACAGUCUCCUCUUCCAGAUAGUAAUACUAUUACUCAGGACUUGAAAGCCAUACCUUCUCAGAAUAGCCAGAUAGUAACCUCAAGGCAAAUACAAGUGAACAUUUCAGAUUUGGAAGGAUAUUCCAAACCAGAGGGGACUCCGGUAUCUGCAGAUCGUUCACCAGAACAGAGUAAGACCUCGUUAUUUGCCUCUGAAAAGUUAUCAUCUGAUGCGGUCACUCAGAUAACAACAGAAAGCCCAGAAAAGACCAUGUUUUCAUCUGAGAUUUUUAUUAAUGCUGAAGAUCAUGGAAGUAAAAUUCUAGAGCCACAUACUAAAAAUCCACUGAAAGGUCCUGUCAAGUUUGCUUCAUCAUCUUCAGUGCAACAAAUUACUACUUCUCGUGGCACAGAUGCCCAGCCUUUACUAUUGCCAUAUAAACCAUCUGGUAGUUCGAAGAUGUACUAUGUUCCACAAUUAGAAACAGUUCCUUCAUUUCCAGAUUCCAAAUCUGAUACCACCGUUGAGAGUUCACAUUCAGGGUCCAAUGAUGCUAUUGCUCCAGAGUUUCCCGCUCAGGUGCUAGGCACAAGGGAUGACGACCUCUCAGCCACUGUGAACAUUAAACAUAAGGAAGGGAUCUACAGUAAGAGGGCAGUACCUAAGGCACCCCUGUCAUUGGGGAAAAAACCCUUUCAAAAAGAUAAUGCAGAGGUGCAAGUUCAAGUAGCCAUCACCACGGAUCAGAACCUCUCAGAUGAAAAGCAGAAAGAGGAGAACUUAAGUCAAAUGGUAUUAACUAAGACUAACUGGCCUGAAGAAGAAUCCAUGCAGAAAGAUACUGGAGGUUCCAGUGAUGCUACUGCUGCCAAGCACUUAAUUCAAGUACAAGAUACGAAGGCUGAAAACCUACCAGACAUGAAACCCAUUGAACCCAUUUGUGGAUUCAACCAAAAGAAAGAGGAACAGAAAGAGGAAAUCUAUAUUGAUAGAACUGUUUCUAAGGAAGCCUGGACAGAAAAGAAAGAAUCCUUGCACAUAGACAUUUCAGAGUCUGAAUGCCAUUCAGAAUUUGAAAAUACAACUCAUUCUGUCUUCAGGUCAGCCAAGUUUUAUUUUCAUCAUCCAGUGCACCUCCUAAGUGAUCAAGAUUUUUGCCAUGAAUCUUUGGGAAGGAGUGUUUUUAUGAGACAUUCUUGGAAAGAUUUCUUUCACCAUCAUUCAGACAAAAACAGAGAACACACUUGUCUUCCUCCUCCUUAUCAAAAUGUGGACAAGACUAAGAUAGAUUAUACCAGAAUAAAGAGCCUCAGCAUCAAUAUGAAUGUGGGAGACAAGGAAGUGAUACCUACCAGUAAAAGUCAGGUCAAAGACCAUCUAAAAAGUAAUGGACAAACUAAUGAUCCAAAAAGGGAUCAUAAGGUCACCCCAGAAGUAACAACUUCGCACACUGCAAGUUUGAAUGAACUCUGGAACAAGUACCAGGAACGACAGAGACAACAGAAACAGUCAGAUGUCAGUGACAGGAAAGAGCUGUCAUUGGUAGAACGGCUUGAUCGUUUGGCUAAACUUCUUCAGAGUCCUAUCACACAUUCUCUCCGGACCUCAGAAAGUGUACAAGAUGAUAACAAAAGGGAACGAUUUAAAGAAUGGAGUUAUAAACAGAAGCAGCAGAAAAGCAAGUUUCAGAAGCAGAAGCGUUAUAAAAGCGUAGAGAAAGGCCAUAGAAAUAUAUGUGAUCUUAAAAAAAGCAAGGUACUUUCUCCUCAUCAAACUGGGAGGUCCAAUCAAAUUAAGAUUGAACAGAUUAAAUUUGAUAAAUAUAUUCUGAGAAAACAGCCAGAUUUACAUUAUAUCAGCAACACUUCUUCAGAUUCUAGACCCUCAGAGGAAAGUGAACUGUUUACAGAUACUCCGACCAACAUUCUUUCCACCACCACUUCUCCUGUGGAAUCAGAUAUAUUGACCCAAACAGAUAGAGAGGUGACUUUGCAUGAAAGGAGUAGCUCUAUAUCCACCAUUGACACUGCCCGAUUGAUCCAGGCUUUUGGCCAUGAAAGAGUAUGUUUAUCACCCAGGCGAGUUAAAUUAUAUAGUAGCAUCACCAACCAACAGAGGAGAUACCUUGAGAAGCGGUGCAAGCACAAGAAAUCAUUGAAUACAGGCUAUCCCCAAAUGACUUCUGAGCACACCAGAAGGAGACACAUCCAGGUGGCAAACCAUAUGAUUUCUUCUGACUCUGUUUCAUGUGCCAGUAGUUUCUUGAGCUUGAACUCUACUCUUUGCAACGAAGAAAAUGUGCACAUGUUAAACAAAGGCAUACAAGCAGGUAACUUGGAGAUUGUACAUGGUGAUGGAAAACACACUCGUGAUGUUGGGGUGACUUUCCCAACUCCAAGCUCUAGUGAGGCUAGAUUAGAAGAGGAUAGCGAUGUAACUUCUUGGUUAGAAGAAAAAAUUGAAGAGAAAAUACCUGUUACCAAUUAUCUUGGGGACAAAAAGUUAAAGAAGAACAAGAAGAACUCCUGUGAAGGAGUUUCAUGGUUUGUUCCUGUGGAAAAUGUGAAGUCUGGAUCUAAGAAGGAAAAUCUGCUGAAGAGUUGUGGUCCUGGUAUCUCCUGGUUUGAACCAAUAACCAAAACUAAACCCUGGAGAGAACCACUGCGGGAACAGAACUGGCAAGGACAACGCAUGGAGGGUUGGGGAACACUGGCAGACCCAGGCAGAGAUUAUGGCCGAGGUCUACUGAAGCCAUUUGUGAGAGCAACCCUGCAGGAGGCACUUCAUUUUCACAGACCUGAUUUCAUCUCCCGCUCUGGGGAGCGGAUAAAGCGCCUGAAGUUAAUAGUCCAGGAAAGGAAGCUGCAGAACAUGUUCGAGAGUGAGCGAGAUGUGCUGUUCAAUACCAUGCAACCCCAACCUAGGAGAGUAUUCAUGGCUGCCCAGAAUAAGCCUAUUGGAAAGAAGGAAAUGAUCCAGAGGUCUAAACGGAUUUACCAGCAACUCCCAGAAGUACAGAAAAAGAAAGAAGAGGAGAAGAGGAAAUUGGAAUAUAAGUCCUAUCGGCUGCGAGCUCAGCUAUAUAAAACGAAAGUGACCAAUCGACUCUUGGGGAGAAAAGUUCCCUGGGACUGACAUAAGAUUAUUUUCCUCUGAGCCUUGGAAUUAUAUCUUAGGAACCUAAAGAAGUAUAAUCCUUGCUUUUAUGGGUGUGAUUUAAUAAAGCUUAUUCUUUGUUCGUGUGUAACUUAGAAAUAGUAACUUCUCAAGACUGGGGCAGAGUAGCAGUUAGAAUGCAAAUGGUUUGGGAGCAAUCCUUUCUCCAUAGAUGCCUUGUCCACAGAGCUGUACAUUAUAAUGAUACUAUCUCUUAAAUUUUAGCCAAGAGUGAAUCCCUUUUUAUAUGUGUUUUUAUACUUUUUAGAAAAUAAAUAACUUUGAUUGAUUUAUAGUAAAGCAAA